CCGGGAGGGGCGGGGCCGGGCCCUCCCCCUCGCCGGAAGCGGCUUCCGCUUCCGCGCGGCAUUUCCGGCUCCCGGCGCGCGCCUCCCCGGUGCCGCGCGGCUGGCGGGACGGGCGGCGCCAUGGCGGGGAUCAAAGCGCUGAUCAGCCUGUCCUUCGGGGGAGCGGUCGGACUGAUGUUCCUGAUGCUCGGCUGCGCCCUGCCCCAGUACAACCAGUACUGGCCACUGUUUGUUCUGUUUUUUUACAUCCUCUCUCCUAUCCCGUACUGCAUAGCAAGAAGAUUGGUAGAUGACACGGAUGCUACAAGUAAUGCCUGCAAGGAGCUGGCCAUAUUCCUUACAACAGGCAUUGUGGUCUCAGCAUUUGGGCUGCCCAUAGUGUUUGCAAGAGCAGAACUGAUCUACUGGGGCGCGUGUGCACUCGUUCUCACUGGGAAUACAGUCAUCUUUGCCACCAUCCUAGGAUUUUUCUUGGUCUUUGGCAGCAAUGACGACUUCAGCUGGCAGCAGUGGUGAAAGGAAGAUGUGAGAACUAUCCACAGGCAUCUUGUCAUGCAGUGGCCAUCCAUACAAACGAGAGAAUGGGCAAUAAAGAGAAGUAGCGUAGCAA